UAGUUCAAUUAAAAAUCUGUGUGUUAAAUGUUUAUCGUUCGAAUUUUUGUGUUUUACAACAUUUUCGUAAUAAAUUACAUUUAUGAUGUGUGAUGAAUGUUUGAAGUGAUUGAUGGAUGAUUUCUUGUUUGACAUGAAUUGGGCCAAUGCAAACGACGGGCUUUUUUGGUCGCAAUAAUGAUAUUCAUUCGCGGACUCCACCUUGCCUUUUGCAUAAUGUGAAUCAUAUAUAGUUUCAUUUUAGAGCCAUUCUUCAAAUCGAUCAGAUUCGCAAAAGUGGAGUGGAUUUUUUUUGUCGUCGUCAGUGAAAUUUAUUCUUGCACACGUUCAAAGCACAGUUCAGUAUUUAGUUUGGAGGAUUUGGCAAUUUAAAAUUUCAUUGUUCUUAAAGUGUAACACUUUAAACGCUAUUGCAGUAGUUUGCAUUCAAAUUUCACAUUUUUACGAAUGUUGUGCAAACCACUCUCAAGUGUAUUGUGUGUAAAAUCAAUGGAAGAGAGUGUAGAUUCGUGUAAUUAUAAAUAGGUUCUUUUGGAGAAAAAGGAGCCACAUCAAUGAUUCGAGAUGAUUUGAUGGGCCACAAUUGUCAAAAUUGCACACACCAUAACAAUGGAACUCUCAAAGAGUUCACAUAUAAACUGAAUUUAUAUAGCAAUAGCGGGACUAAUCGGAACGGUAACAUAAAUCGGCUUGAAUUGGAUUCGAUUUUUUUGUUUUGAUUAAAACACACACACACACACAUACACAGCAGUGAUUGAAUUAAAAAAUUCAAACCACCACAAUUCAUCUGUGUAGUCGCACAUCAACCGUGUGCUUAAGAAAAUUUUGCAAAAAAAAUAGCGAAACAAAGAGUUGACAAUACGGUGUCCAAAAGAGUCGAGCCGCACACACAUAGCACACGCAUAAAAUGCCUACAACAUAUGGACUACUGAUUGGUUUAUUUCUGUUUGGCAUUUAUGUUUGUUGGAUACCGCAAAUCAAUGCUGAAUGUCAAACUCGAUCAAUUUACUGUUACGAAUGCGACAGUUGGACGGAUGCACGAUGCAAGGACCCAUUCAAUUAUACAGCGCUUCCACGAGAUCAACCGCCACUGAUGACGUGCAACGGAUGCUGCGUCAAAAUGGUUAGACAUUCCAAAUCACCGUAUGAGGUGGUUCGUCGCAUGUGUACAUCACAGUUGCAAAUAAAUCUAUUCAUGGUUGACCAUGUGUGCAUGAUGGAAAGUUCAGGCAAGGGCCAUAUGUGUUUUUGUGAGGAAGAUAUGUGUAAUAAAAGUUCGCCACACUUUGAUUUUUUUCAAUUUUAUCGGCAUGAAAUUCUCAUGCUGAUCCUUAUCUAUGUGAUUGGAUUGAUAACCAAUCCGUUUUAAAUGCCACACCAAACACACAAAGAAAGAAGAAAAAACCAAUGAAAAAAAGUCCGAACAUUUUUCCAUUUCGAUUUUUUUUUUUUUUUGCUGAAGAGACAGUAAAAUGUGCUAUUUAUUUUGUGUGUUUAGUUUUCUUUUAUUUCGAAUAGAAAUUUCAAUGCAGUGAAUAUGUAGCGUAAACGUCCGAAUUUUAAAAACGAAAAUAAAAUGCGUUUUUCCCACUGAAUUCGAGUUUCGUGGAAUCGGCCCAGUUCGAUCUGAUUCACCCUAUUCGAUCUCAUACAAUGUUCAAGAGUACUUAAAAAAGAAAAUUUGUGAGUUUCGAUGUUAAAAUCGAUCACACUUACACGCUCAAUCACAAUAUCAACAGCUUCUCUGUUAUUAUUUUCGUUUUUUUUUUAAUGUUCAUUUGAAACUCUCUCGUUUCAAUUUCACUCGGCUGUCAAUUUCUGAUCCAGUGGCUUUUAAAACGCUUUUUGUUUGCUUAUGGUUUUUUUUUCUCGUUUCAAUUUUAUGUUGGUGGCAAUAAAUUCAUUGAACAACGUGUUUUAAUCCUUCUUACGUUUUAACACAAGUUCAGUGGAUUUUCUCGAACUUUCACAUACUGUGUACACAUUAUGUUUUUUAAAAUACAAAAGUAAACACAAACACAAACAAAUACACACUCUUUUGGCCAAUUUAAAUUUUCCCCAAUUGAUAGAUAUGUAUAUGCAGCUACUGAUAUAUCAAUAAGAAAUAGCGCCUAUGGCGGACAAAACAAUGGCACCAUUAUUAUGUCCAGCAUAGGCGCUGCAUUUCAUGAAUUUAUGGAAACAAUUGUUUCUGUAAUUUAAGGGUUUUAUUUAAGUGGUCAAAAUCCGUUAAAGAAAACUCUCUUUAAAACACUUGUUCGUAAUUAUCACGCCCAUAAUGCUUCACCUUCUAUGUCACUCGAUUCGAACAGCUAAUAUCAGAAAACAAAACUAAAAUAAUUUUCCAAUUAAAUACACAAACACAUACACUCUCUCUAUCUCUCUCUAUAUAUGUCUAAAUAUCAAAAUCUUUCGAACUUGUCGUCGCGAUACACGAUCGAUUUACUCAAAUUAAUGCACUCUUUUUUAAACGUUUGACAUGCACCAAACAAACAAACAAAAAUAUAUUCAUUUUAUCGUGCUUGCUGAACAAUUCAAUUCGUUGUGUUAUCGAGAAAAUGUUUAUUUCUCGAUAAGAUAAAUUAUUUUCCUCAAUACGUAAUGUUUCGAUGAAAUUUCAACGGUAAUUGAUUCAAUUCUUGAUUGAAAUUAUUAAAAGCAAUAAUAAGACAUAUGGAAUUAAAAGCAUUUACUAGCUUAAUAUUUAUACAAAACUUAGAAGAAGAAGAAAUCAAAUAAUAUAAGUUCACUGAAUUUUACCGAAUUCGAACAGCAACAAUAAAAAAAACGAAACCGAAUCUCACGACAUUUCAUUUAUUUCAUAAAUAAUAUUUAUAAAAACUGACAAUUUUUAUAAUUCGUAUUCGUAAAUUCGACUUAAACUUCAAUAAACUUACUUUCAAUACGGUUUACGGACAAUGGUCGUAUGCCUUUUCCGAGUGCAUUUGGAUAAAAGUGCUUUUUUUCCUUCGAUUCUAUCAGAAUAAUGACUCAAAUAAAUAUUCUAUGAUAAUGAAGUAGAUCUUUGAAUCUGACACACAAAAGCUUGGUGAACUUAUAAAUAGCGUGAAAUAAACAGACAACUAAAAUUCAUAUAAAACAGAACAACAACACACACACACACACUAUAAACGCCAAAUGGCGUAAUUGAAACACAUACACACAACAUUUUCAUAUUUAAAAAAAAAACCCAAAUAAACGAAGAAAAUGUAUUUUCCUCACAAGUAAAGAGCAUUUACCAAAGAAAAAUGUAAGAAACAUAUGCGGAACGCGAUUAACGCUUAUAUAGAUCAACAUUUGAGCUAUUUGCAAUAUGCGCAUAGUUAGCUACUGAAAUGUGUGAACGAAUGCAACAACAACAAAAAAAAACACCUUCCCCACACUAGACGUGUGCGAAACAAGAAAACAUUAAAAUGAAAAGAUUUCGGAUGAAUCGAACGAAAUUGUUUGCAUUUAUUCACACAUUAAUCGUUAAUUUUUUGCACACAUUACACACACGAAAGAAAAAAAAUCACACACACACACAUACACCCCAAAAAAAUGACAAUCCAGUUGCGAAUCUAUGCGCUGGAAAGCGACAAAGUCAAAGCUUAGAACUAUAUAUUAUCUACAUGAAGAUAUAAAAGAAAGCAAUGCUUUUUCACAUAUGAUGCCAAGGCUCUGAUAUUUUUACGUGUACACAAUGGCUUUCGAUCCAUUUUUACAAAAUUUAAUUUGUUGUAUUUUACAAAUAUAUCACUUGUUUCCUGUAAAUAAUACCUUAUAUCCAGUCCUUAUUUGAUCACGCAGCGUGCGCGCCCAAUUCGAAGUAUCGAAAACAAAAUGAAGCUUUGCUUCGUACAAAAUACACAAAUUGUGUACAAUUCAAUUUCAAAAGUGGCACAAUUCAAUUCCACACUCAACGGGAAUGAAAUGUGCAAAUUGAAAACCAAUUUUUUUUUAUAAGACAGUAUGCACUUUAUUUACGCCUGCGAUUUGCUUCAAUCAUUUUAUUGCGUUCGAAUAAAUUAAAUUGCUCAAGCAUUUUAACUCAUUUGAUAUUUGCUCAACUUGGAUUAAUAUCUAGAUUGUUUAAGAUUCGCGAUUUAAACUCCUUUCAUUCACAAUCAAAUAAAUUUAUGAAUCAAAUGAUAACCCUUCCUCGUUUGAUACGAUACACCCAAAUUAUCCUGCACUCUUUCCACAAAUGAUGAAUGAAAAGACACAAUAUCCUGCAUCCAAACAAAAUCAAAAUGGUAUAUUAUGUAAAAUACACCAACUUAAAUUUCUUUUCCCUCCCUUGCAACGGGCAACGCUAUCAUUUUUACAAAUGAUCAUAUCGUUUACUAGCAACAUUGGAUAUAAAUAAAUAUAGAUUUAGUUUUAAUUUCAUUGAAUUUUGUUUUGUUCGGUUAAAUUUUGAAAUAAUAUCUAAAAGAAAUUGUUAAUAUUGGAAAAAGAAACACAUCAUUUUAAUGAUAAAGUGGAAACAUAAAUGAUAUUCAUUGUUUUGUUUUUCGUAUGCCAAUUAAUGUAUUUGUAAAUUUGUUGGUAGUAAAACGAGGAGCUCAUUUAACUAGUUUAAAUUUCAAAUCAGAAAUGUUUAUUUAAAAUGUAGAAAAAUGUCAUGAUAGAUUACGUAGUGCAUUUAUUAAUUGCAAUGGAUGGAUGAAUGAAUAUAGUAUAAUGUGAAAAAAAUGUUUAGAUUUUAUUACAAAACAAUUUAAGCAUAAGUUGAAGAUUUUAAAGUGUGUAGUAUGAAAGAAAAGCAGUUAUUUUCGAAUUAAUACAUGACAAACAACAAAACAUUUCAUUUAUAUCAUUAUUAUGUAAAUACCAAAAUUCUAAUUUACUCGGCGUCAUCAUAUCCAAAAUAAAAGCAACUCAAUUUGAUAAAUUUU